CGCGAGGCGCGGCGUGAGAGGAGACCUCACGGUCGCUGUAAAGCAGAAGAGUGCAGAGAAGUUUCCAUGAGCAAAUCAGCAAACAGCCCGCAAUUCAAAGGGAAAAUAACGGUUGGUUAAAACAAUCCACACCUGGAAAUCGAAUGCAAGACGGGAUUACUAAAAAGCUCACAGCUGAUGGCGCUUUCAUAACUUGUUGACAUGAAAGAUUUUGGUGUGAUUUCUGAACUGUAGAAGUCAUUUAUUUUGCUGGAGCUUUCCGGUGAACUGUAAACCAUCUUUAGCUCAUCUUAAAUGGCAUGCAGCGUACUGACUCUUGGCACUACGAUCUUGAGCUCUGAGGUUGCGCUCUGAAGACGACACAAAUGCUCGGAAUCAGUUCAAACCCGUCGCGCAAUAAGAAGUGUGAGAUGGAGGAGGAAUGCGACCAAUAUCAGCACUAUUUCUACGACGACCACAACUUGGACGAGGACUUUUUUAAAUCCACCGCACCGAGUGAGGACAUUUGGAAGAAAUUCGAGCUCGUGCCAACCCCGCCCAUGUCGCCUGUCAGGAUACUGGAGGGCACCGCUCCAUCUCUAGGUGACCGGCUAGAAUGGGUGUCCCAAUUCUUGGGACAGGACGACGAACAGGAGGGACAGUGCAAACUCAACGCGGAGGAGACUUUCGAAAACUUGAGCUCCAUAAUUAUUCAGGACUGUAUGUGGAGCAGUAUCUCGGCCAGUCAGCAGCAGCUGGAGAAAGUUGUCAGCGAGCGCCUGUCUUGUUCGGCGCAGACGAAACUCGCCGGCAAAGCGCAGUGCGUCCCCGCGGACUCGCCUGGCCUUAACAGCUUGGCGACAGAUUGCGUUGAUCCUGCAGCUGUCCUUACCUUUCCUCUGAGCAGCAGCUGCAAGAAACAGGUGUCGUCCGGGUCAGAGUCUCGCACUGACUCAUCCGAUGAUGAAGAGAUUGACGUUGUGACCGUGGAACAUAAGCAGAACAAGUCACAUUUGGUAAAUGCCCGUAAACCAGUCACCAUCACAGUUCGAGCAGACCCCUAUGACCCUUGCAUGAAGCGAUUUCACAUAUCCAUUCACCAGCAGCAACACAACUAUGCUGCUCGCUCACCCGACAGUUAUCCUGAAGAGGAACCGCCUCGUAAGAAGGUCAGACAAGAGACCUUGCAGCCAAGGCUUGCUUCCACGCCCCAAACCCCUGAGUGCAAACCCCCUAUUCCUUCCCCCAUGGUCCCUGUCCCAUCUCAGACUGCUUCUGGCUCUCCAACCCACACAUCCUACCACCUCAAAUCCCAACCAUCCAGCCCUCAGAGUUCAGAUUGUGAGGACACAGACAAGCGCAAGACACACAAUUUCUUGGAGCGGAAGAGACGCAAUGACUUGCGCUCACGCUUUCUGGCUCUCCGGGAUGAGAUCCCAAGCCUGGUUGACUGUCCAAAGACACCCAAAGUUGUGAUCUUGACCAAGGCCACGGAAUACCUGCGUACGCUGCAUGCCAGUGACAAAAAGAAGGCCCAAGAGAAGAAGCAGCUGAAAAGCAGGCAACAGCAGUUACUACGGAGGCUAGCAGGACUGAAACGUGCAUAAAAUAGGCUAGCACAGUCUGUCCAGCCAUAUUUUCAAUAGGAACUCUCUAGAGCAGCAUGGUUUGUCAAAACAUGCAGAUAUUUCAUGGAAUGGACUCUUUAUUUUGAGUUAAGUUUUUCAGCUUUCAUUCUUUGCACAUUUGCCUUUGCGACUGGGGGGUGACAUACUUUAAAGCAGAUGUUUGUUGUUCCCCAGUGGAACCCCCCAAGCUUCAAGCAUAUUUCCAAAGAGGGUCGUUAUUUCUGGCGUUUCCUUUUUUAAGAUUUAAAACUAAACUUAAGAGAACACCCAUUCUCACACAAGAGCUAAAGAAGAAAGUAUUUAAGUGGGGAUAUAUUAUUUCAUUGACUUAGUAUGCCAUGUUUUUUUAAAACGUAGCAAUUUAAACGCAUGUGUAAUUGAUCUCAUAAAUCAAGGUUUUUGUGGUAGAAUUUUGAAGCUAUCUGGUUAAAAAUAUUCAGAGGUCUCUGAUCAUUGUACCUUAUCCAUUAAUGGUGCUUUGUCACUUUAAGUCUAAAGGAGAGCUAUGUGCCCCCAUUGCCACUUGAUGACAUUGUACAUUUAACAGGCAGGAAGUUGGAUCACUGAUACAUUGUUUCUUUCUUCUAAUGAACAUUCAGGAUGGUAUCCAGCACAGCCUCACAGUGUAUAUAAACUGUGGCAUAUUCUAUGGACCUAUGUGUAUAUAAUAGUAGUUGAUGUACAGAUUAUUGUAUAAAGAUACAUUGUGUUUGAAUUUGUAAAUCGGCACUGUUAAAAGACUUUAUUUUCUAUAUUUCUGUCAUUUUGUUCUAAAACUUGGUUGGCCCAUCUGCCAAGUUUCCCUCAAGAGUCUCUCAAAGUUUCUAUUUUUGUUAAGAAAAGUUUUUAAAAAUGCAAAAAAUUAAAUAAAACAACACUAUCCAUCAUUUAAUUUUGAUCACUAGCCACUUUGUUAUGCUGUUUUCACUGCCUGUUCCCUUCUGUUCUGACCUUUCGUUCACUCAUCUCUCUUAUGAGGGGAAAAAGAUUUUGUACUGAUUAUAUUUUCUUACAGAAUUCAUUGUAUCAUUGUUUCAUUUCUAUUUGAAUAUAAAGUUCUACUGGUGGCAAAUGCUUACUUUCCCCCCAAAUAUGGUCAUCAAAACCUAUGCUUAUAAUCUGAAGCCUACGCACACUCUCAGUUGCCAUGUUCCAGAAUUCAAUUAUUUCUAAGAACAGAGGCCAUACGUUCACAACAAACAUCAGUGAUAGAUUGAGUUGACUCUUAAUUGAACCUUCAUCUGGGAAAUUCAUCUGUAUGGCUUAAAAUGUUGAAAUGCAGUCAGAAAUGGAUGCCACUUGACACCAGUGCGCAUAUACCACUAGUAACCCAUUUGCUUUUUUACCUUGUCAUUGGGUGUCAUACUGGGAGAUGAAUGGCCAUCAGCAUUGUCUAAACACUUUGUGUUCUGUACCUCAUAAGCCUAUAUACAUUAACUCAAAAUCGGAUAAUAAAUAAA